UAUACAGUGGGUUGGUCAUAUUCCUAGUCUAGUGGCAGCGAUCUCUAGAAGUGAGCCGCUGUGUACGUUGAAAAAGACUGACGAAAUAUUGGUUGUCAUGGAUACGAAGGAAAGUUUGAAGAUGGAACCUGUUUACAUUAAGGAAGAGGUUAUAGAGGAAGAGUGCUUUUGCAUUCCGAAGCGGGUAACAGAGCAGACGUCUGUACGAGAGGAAGACCCUGAACUGAGAGCUGUCCAUAUUAAAGAGGAGGCCCCGGAGCUAGACCCCGAGUCUGAGCAGUGCAGCGGCGAUUCUGCUCUACUGGGCAGUGUGCACAUUAAAGAACAGGAUACCUGCUCUUCUGCUGAAGAGGAGGGCCAAGAUCUGGAGUCCAUGCAGGAGGAACAUCGCACCUCUCCACUGGAAUCUCUCCAGAUUGUUCAAGUAGAAAUAGUUGAUGUGAAAGAAGAAAACCCAGCAGAACAAACGACAAGCAAUGAAGAGGAGGAAGUUCCUUCUACUCGCUGCAAAACAUUGGGUGCAGAACGUCAAGCCCAUUCAUGUCCUCACUGUGAAAUCUCAUUCACUCGGAAACAGUACCUGGAGAAGCAUAUCAAGGGCACACACCAAGAGGAGUAUGUGCAGAUGCUGAGAGCUCCGUCUUCCCAGGUCUGCCACCACUGCACUGUCUGUGGGAAGACAUUCAGUAAGUCUGGAAACCUCAAAGCACACCAGAGAAUUCACACAGGAGAAAUGCUGUAUCACUGUACUGAGUGUGGGAAGGGUUUCAGUCAGUUAGGAAACCUUAAAACGCACCAGCGAAUUCACACAGGAGAGUCGCCGUACAGCUGCAGCGAGUGUGGGAGGAGUUUUCGUGUGUUAGGAAACCUUAAAAAACACCAGCGGAUUCACACAGGAGAAACACCCUACCACUGCACUGACUGCGAGCGCAGCUUCAGUCGCUUGGAGACCCUGAAAGUUCACAAGCGGAUUCACACAGGAGAGACCCCGUAUUGCUGCUCGGAGUGUGGGACGUUCUUCAGUCACUCCACUACGCUCAAAGCGCACCAGCGCGUUCACUCUGGAGAGACCCCCUACUCCUGCACCGUGUGUGGGAAGAGUUUCAAUCGAUCAGGGAACCUUAAACAGCAUCACCGCAUUCACACAGGGGAGGCGCCGUAUCACUGCUCUGUGUGUGGGAAGAACUUCAGAAUCUCGGGAGAUCUCAAAAAACACAAGCGCAUUCACACAGGAGAGAAGCCCUAUUACUGUACUGAAUGUGGGAAGAGAUUUACUUAUCUGUACCAGCUGAAAAUUCACAGCUGCGCUUGUGUAUGAAAAUAAACACCUGCAAUAUGUAGCGGAUCAUUUGUAAUAAUUGACCUAAAGAGAGUGAAUUCUAGAUUCAUUCAGGGUCACAUUGUACAUUCCACUGAAUCUAUACAGCAGAUACGCCUGUCAAACGGUAGCCAGUUCAGCAAGUGUUUUACAAUGACGUGUGCUAGCAGAACUCUUUUGUUCAGUGCUGACUAAGUCAGGGAACAAUAUUGCCAUUUUUCAAAUAUGACAUAUUAUAGCUGUUCUGCUUCUCCUAAACCACAAGAUGGCACAUGUGAGUCACAGGCAGUAAAAUGCUCUUUAUGUCUCUUGCUACUGUCUGUCCUAUACAUCAGGGGUUCUCAAACUUUUUUUUUGUUGACGGACCCAUUUUCACAUGUAACAUUAAUCACGGACCCCCUACUGAGAAACUGACUGACAAAAGUAUAUAAAAUGUACUUAUAAACACAUACUGUUAAUAAUGCUUAAAGAAAAAAAGUACACAGCACUUACAGAUACUGCAGAUGUCAGUGAGAUGGGUGGGCCUGCUUCUUACUGCAGAGUCUGUCUAUCCUUGGUGUGAUGGUUGACAAGCAAACUCGCAAAUCAUUCUCCACUUGUAGUCGGGACCUGAGCUUUGUCUUCAUAGCUGCCAAAGCAGAGAACGAUGCUUCACAUAUAUAUGUUGUUGGGAAAGGUAGCAGCACUUUCAUGGCUUCUUUUACUAAGACUGGAUACUCCACUGCAACAGUUGGCCAAAACUGGUAAGGGGCUUGUUCCUGAAAUUUAAUUUUCAGUGUGCGGUCACAGGAGAGUUCGACCAGCUCUUGUUCUGCUUUUCCACUCAAGCGACAGGUUGACGUAGCAAAAGUUGAAAAUGGAUCUCGAACCCAGUCGUAUUCCUCCAUGUUUAAAUUUUUAAAGUAAACUCCGAAGUACUCUGCCAAAGUUGAAAGGUGAGCAACGAUAGUGUCACACAGUCAAUUGUCAUACUGUUUGUAUCCAGGAAUUCUGUCAGUUGCGGAAACAUAUUGGAGAUUCCAUUGCUCACUCUUGUUUUCCAAAUGUCUAGUUUCUUCGUAAAUGAUGCAAUCUUGUCACUCACCUCAAGUAUGGUUGUAUUGCCCCCUGGUGAGGACAGGUUCAGGGCAUUCAACAAGUUAAACAUAUCUGCGAGGUAUGCAAGCUUCGUGAUCCAUAGCGUGUCAGAAAAGUUUUUGGCAAGUGUAGGAUUAUGCACAGAAAGAAAGCCCAGCAGUUCUUUGCGAAGUUUGAAAACUUGUUCCAACACUCGAGAUAACCAACGCACCUCCGUGUGAAACAAUAAUUUGUCAUAUUCAGCACCCAUUUCGGAACACAACUUUGAAAACAGGUGUGAAUUCAAAGGCCUGGACUUCACAAAAUUCACAACUGUAACAACAGCAUGUAAUUCGGGUUCCAUUUUCUUCGAUGCAAGGGCCUGGCGAUGCAGCAUACAGUGUGUGACAAUUACGUUUGGGUUUAUAGCUCGUAUUCUUGCUACAACACCAUUCCUGUUGCCUGUCAUAGCGGCUGCACCAUCUGUACAAACAGCAACACACUUCUCCCAGUUUAGAUUCAGCUCUCAUGAAAUCAUCCAAUAAUUUUAAAAUGUCUUCACCUGUUGUACGUUCUGGUAACUCCUGACAAAAAAAGAAAAUCUUCCACAAUUUCCCCCAACCAAACAUAACAAACAUAAACUAACAAUUGUGCUGCAUUACCAACAUCUGUUGUCUCAUCAAGCUGAAUUGCAAACUGCUCACACGUACGUAGCCUUUCGGUGAGCCGGCAUUUCAAAUCACUUGAAAGCCCUUCAAUUCUCCUACUUACUGUGUCGUUAGAAAGUGGUAUGGCCUUCAGUUUCUUCGCUGCAUCUUCGCUAACCAUCACUUCGCACAUUUCUACAGCAGCUGGAAGAAUCAGUUCUUCUCCAAUAGUAUGGGCCUUUUUACUCUUUGCAAUCCGAAGCGCUGUUAAGAAGGGUGCUUUCAGAGCCUUUUCUGGAACCGUUGUUAUGUUUGUCAUUUUAGUUUUCUGUUGAUUGUAUUCUUUCUUUCUUUUAAAAAAGUCUCUGGAUUUAUCUUUGUAUUCCGGGUGCCUUGUAGUAAGAUGUCGUUUCAGCUUUGCAGGUUUCAUUGCUUCAUUUGACAGAAUUUGUAAGCAUACAACGCAUUGCGGCCGCCCAUCACUGAAUUCCAUAAAACCAAAAUCAAUGUAACUGUCAUCAAACUUUCUCUUCUUUUGCUUUUUACUGGACUCGGCAUUGUCACUGCCUUCAGCACAACUAGCAGUACAUGGACGUUUUAAAUACUUAUCCAUUUUUCUUAAUGUUUGCUCACUCACUAUUUAUUUUCUCUCUCACUGAUAUCUUUCACUUCCACCUGCCAAAUACGUCUCAGACUGACAUCACUGAGCUCUUGUCGUAAGCAUUUCUGCAUUUGACGCUUAUUAGUAGGCUUACCAUAGUUUUCAUAUUAACCGGCGAGAUUUGAGAACAUUUUGAAGUUGCCUUUAAACUGCAAUAUGUUUUUAUCUGUAAGUAUUACGCCUUUGUUAAUAUGUAAAGUUUAAUUAAUCUUGCUGAUUAAUUUUUCUGAUUUGAUCGGGAGUGCAUAUUAUUAGGGCAAUAUUAAUUAUUAAUAGAAUGUAAAAAGAGACAGUUGACACUGCAAAAAAAACAUGAAUGAAAAAAAACAUUUAAUCAUUUUAAUUAUUAUUAUUGCUGUGUACGGAGUUACGCAGGUGUAAUGCUUAAUUUACACGAUGUGCUUUAUUGAGUUUCGCUUUAGCCAGAAGUAUGUGUAGUUUUUAUUGUUAGCGCACUGUUUUGCCUUUUGAGAGAGCAGGAGGUCGGGGUCAUGUAGAGAUUGGGGUGUCUGUCUGUCUGUCUGUCCGUCACACUUAUGUUUGCCUCUGUCUGAAGAACUGCUUAUCCAGUUGUCAGAAGUCUUGGUAUAAACGUUAUUUAGCUUUAAGUUGUUGAGAAUAUCAUAUCCUCGAGAUCCGAGGGGUUUCUGUCGUACAUCUGUAUGUCACACUUUUCUGCUUGCAUCUGGAGAACCGCUUAUCAAAUUGAAACAGUCUGUUGCUAAUUCUUAUUCUUUACUACUCUAUACAUACUGAGAAUAUAUGGCAUGGUCUGUAUUCUACUGAUAGCUCUCAUUUUGACUUUCCAGCCGUGGCACCUUCUAUAACAUACAUUUUUCAAACAAAUACCCCUUACUUUAGGACUGAGGAGAUGGCAUUCUUUCAACCUCUCCUCAUAGAUCUCAAAUAUUGUGUACUGGGAGGAGCUUUGCACCUUCCAGUUUCUUUUAAUUACAUGCAAAAGGAAUAUGCUGUUUAUUUGCAUAAUUCAAUCACUCUGAUAAACUCUUACCUGAUGAAAGAUGACAGCAGCCUGAAGCGCUGCCAGGGACUGUCUCUUAUGCAGAACUCAGCUGUAAAAUCAGCAACAUGCCGAAGUAUGCAUAUACAGUACCUUGCGAAAGUAUUCAGCCCCCUUGAACUUUGCGACCUUUUGCCACAUUUCAGGCUUCAAACAUAAAGAUAUGAAACUGUAAUUUUUUGUGAAGAAUCAACAACAAGUGGGACACAAUCAUGAAGUGGAACGAAAUUUAUUGGAUAUUUCAAACUUUUUUAACAAAUAAAAAACUGAAAAAUUGGGCGUGCAAAAUUAUUCAGCCCCCUUAAGUUAAUACUUUGUAGCGCCACCUUUUGCUGCGAUUACAGCUGUAAGUCGCUUGGGGUAUGUCUCUAUCAGUUUUGCACAUCGAGAGACUGAAAUUUUUGCCCAUUCCUCCUUGCAAAACAGCUCGAGCUCAGUGAGGUUGGAUGGAGAGCAUUUGUGAACAGCAGUUUUCAGUUCUUUCCACAGAUUCUCGAUUGGAUUCAGGUCUGGACUUUGACUUGGCCAUUCUAACACCUGGAUAUGUUUAUUUGUGAACCAUUCCAUUGUAGAUUUUGCUUUAUGUUUUGGAUCAUUGUCUUGUUGGAAGACAAAUCUCCGUCCCAGUCUCAGGUCUUUUGCAGACUCCAUCAGGUUUUCUUCCAGAAUGGUCCUGUAUUUGGCUCCAUCCAUCUUCCCAUCAAUUUUAACCAUCUUCCCUGUCCCUGCUGAAGAAAAGCAGGCCCAAACCAUGAUGCUGCCACCACCAUGUUUGACAGUGGGGAUGGUGUGUUCAGGGUGAUGAGCUGUGUUGCUUUUACGCCAAACAUAACGUUUUGCAUUUGCCAAAAAGUUCGAUUUUGGUUUCAUCUGACCAGAGCACCUUCUUCCACAUGUUUGGUGUGUCUCCCAGGUGGCUUGUGGCAAACUGUAAACGACACUUUUUAUGGAUAUCUUUAAGAAAUGGCUUUCUUCUUGCCACUCUUCCAUAAAGGCCAGAUUUGUGCAGUAUACGACUGAUUGUUGUCCUAUGGACAGAGUCUCCCACCUCAGCUGUAGAUCUCUGCAGUUCAUCCAGAGUGAUCAUGGGCCUCUUGGCUGUAUCUCUGAUCAGUCUUCUCCUUGUAUGAGCUGAAAGUUUAGAGGGACGGCCAGGUCUUGGUAGAUUUGCAGUGGUCUGAUACUCCUUCCAUUUCAAUAUUAUCGCUUGCACAGUGCUCCUUGGGAUGUUUAAAGCUUGGGAAAUCUUUUUGUAUCCAAAUCCGGCUUUAAACUUCUCCACAACAGUAUCUCGGACCUGCGUGGUGUGUCCCUUGUUCUUCAUGAUGCUCUCUGCACUUUAAACGGACCUCUGAGACUAUCACAGUGCAGGUGCAUUUAUACGGAGACUUGAUUACACACAGGUGGAUUCUAUUUAUCAUCAUUAGUCAUUUAGGUCAACAUUGGAUCAUUCAGAGAUCCUCACUGAACUUCUGGAGAGAGUUUGCUGCACUGAAAGUAAAGGGGCUGAAUAAUUUUGCACGCCCAAUUUUUCAGUUUUUUAUUUGUUAAAAAAGUUUGAAAUAUCCAAUAAAUUUCGUUCCACUUCAUGAUUGUGUCCCACUUGUUGUUGAUUUUUCACAAAAAAUUACAGUUUCAUAUCUUUAUGUUUGAAGCCUGAAAUGUGGCAAAAGGUCGCAAAGUUCAAGGGGGCCGAAUACUUUCGCAAGGCACUGUACCUCAUCAUGCACCUCUCAUUUCAAUCAGGGCACAGGCACUGUUGCAGGAAGGAGCAUGAACUGGAUACACUGCGGUGUUCAGAAGAAAAAAAAUCUCUUUCUGCUGGUGAACAUUCCUGAGUAAAAUGAAUUCUUCUUAAAUGACCUAGGAUGUGUGAAUAAAAAAAUAUCAAAACUACCAGGAAUGUUUUGAAGAGAAUUCAAAAUGGCUUAGAUCUGGAGAACAACAAAUACAGCAAAGGGAAGUAAUGUGUUUCUUGUGAACACUGCAGGGCGUUCUGGAUCAUGUUAAAAACAGAAAGGGUAAUUACUGAAUUACUGUCUAAAUGUGAACGGUGCAGUAACCUCUAUCUCUCUCCCCUUUUCUCUCACACAGUGGAGGCCUCAUCUGUAAUCUCACUCUUUUCCUUAAGAUGUAAUUAAAAAAUAACUCUUUUAGUUGAAUUCUAACCAGAAAAAUUAAAUUACAGAACACCCAUUGACUUUGUCAGCACUCAUACUGGUGCUAGUUCCUAUGUGUUAAAUCUUGUUGCAAAAUAAAUAAAACCUGUCUAAUACAGCCCUUCUACAACCGGCAUGCAGGGUAUGUCCUGUGGGUACGGUACACACACAGUCAAAUCCAAACACAAUGGAGAAAAUACAAUUACAAUCAAUACAGGGUAUGCCUGGACAGUGCCUGCAUGCAGGGUAUGUCCUGUGGGUACGGUACACACACAGUCAAAUCCAAACACAAUGGAGAAAAUACAAUUACAAUCAAUACAGGGUAUGCCUGGACAGUGCCUGCAUGCAGGGUAUGUCCUGUGGGUGCGGUACACACACAGUCAAAUUCAAACACAAUGGAGAAAAUACAAUUACAAUCAAUACAGGGUAUGCCUGGACAGUGCCUGCAUGCAGGGUAUGUCCUGUGGGUACGGUACACACACAGUCAAAUCCAAACACUAAUGGAGAAAAUACAAUUACAAUCAAUACAGGGUAUGCCUGGACAGUGCCUGCAUGUUCUGUAAAGUAUGUUUAAAAAGUUUACUUAAACCUUUAGGUUUUGUAGGUGCAGUAUUAAUGUUUACAAUACCUCUGUAGUCGGCACACUGUUUUCUUUGAUCCCCAAAGAUGCUGGAUUAGGCAGAUUUUUUUUACUAUAUCAAAUCUAUGACUUAAAAAUGGUUAUUCAGGAUUAUAGACCACAUUUCAAUACACCGGUCAGCGACAUCCUCUACAGCUAUGCCAAGCAAUCCAUACAAAUACCAAAACAAUUGCAUCUUACAAAAAAGCAGAUGCCAGUAGUGAGAAUUGCGGAAGUUUUGGGGUGUUCGCUAAUUGUUUAAAGUUAUGUAUAUUUUGAAAUAUUAAUGCUGAAAUGUUCUCCCCCUUCCCCUUGAAAACACAUUAAAACAAUAUUAAUAAAUA